AGCAAAAUAACGAACACUUGAAGGUUCAAGGUGUCAUGCUAGUCACCUUGGUGAUGUCUUUAGCUAAUAUGGUUUAGUGUUUUUUCUCUCCUGAGUAUUUAUUUUGGUAUAAGCUAUUACAAUGAGUAGGUAUAUCCUCCCUGCGUCUGUAUUCGGGACUGUUUUUGGCUGUGCUGUGUUGCUAAAGAACCAUUUGACAGGAGGCCCCUGCCCAAGUAAAGCCAGGAUCCCUGGAAAGACAGUAGUUAUAACCGGGGCCAACACCGGGAUCGGAAAAGAGACGGCCCGAGAGCUGGCCCGAAGAGGAGGACGGAUUAUUAUGGGAUGUCGGGACAUGGAGAAGUGUGAAGAAGCAGCACGUGAGAUCCGAGGUUGCACCCUGAACCCUCAUGUUUACGCCAGGCACAUCGACCUGGCUUCGAUAAAAUCCAUACGGAGCUUUGCUAAGAGGAUCAACCAGGAAGAGGAAAGAGUGGACGUUCUGAUCAAUAACGCUGCGGUGAUGAGGUGUCCUCCCGGGAAGACAGAAGAUGGAUUUGAUAUGCAGCUCGGAGUCAACUACCUGGGACAUUUCCUCUUGACAAAUCUGCUGCUGGAUAAGCUGCGAGACUCCGUCCCCAGUAGAGUGAUCAACCUGUCGUCUUUAGCGCACAUCGUUGGUGAGAUCGACUUUGAGGACCUGAACUGGGACAGAAAGAAGUUUAACACGAAGAAGGCAUAUUGUCAGAGCAAACUCGCCAUCGUCCUGUUCACACGAGAGCUCGCACGCAGACUCGACGGUACUGGGGUGACGGUAAACGCUGUGCACCCUGGAGUCGUCGCCACAGAUCUGGGCAGACACACAGGCAUGCACCAGUCCAUGUUCUCCAGCUCUGUACUUAGUCCAGUCUUCUACCUGCUGAUAAAGUCGCCCGAGCUCGGUGCCCAGCCCAGCGUGUACCUGGCCGUCGCCGAAGAGCUGGCGAACGUCAGCGGGCGUUACUAUGACGUCAUAAAAGAAAAAGAGCCCGCUUCUCAAGCUCUGGACCAGGAAGUGGCAGUCAAACUCUGGGACAUCAGCGCGUCUUUAGUUGGUUUAGAGACCUCUGUUUCAGUCCCAACCUCUUCUCCUUCUCCGGGGACUGUAACGCAAACUCUGCCUGAGCAGACUGGUGCAUGCCCCUCCGAGCCUGUUGUUACCAUGACAACCCAGGCAACAUGACUUUAAAGAGGACGGUACACAUUAUGGACCUGGAAAUCGCUGCUACGACUGAUUGAUUUAUCGUUUAAACAGUUUAUCAUUUUCGGAGGUCGCACAAGUAACGACAGUGUAAUAUCAAAAAUAAAAGUCUUUUUACAAACCA